UGGCCACAGUCGUGUUUCAACACUUGGCGGCACCACAUCAUUCCAGCGGAAGGGGAUCAGGAUCCUAUCAGGGAGGAGGAGAAACUAUCGAUGCUGGCCAAACUGCUGGGCUAUGGCUACCUGCUGGCCUACGUGAUCUGCCUGCUCUGCUGGCCAGGAGAGGCGUAUCCGGCCAGCAAUAGCUACCGGGAUCUGGACAUUUGCAACCACUGGGACGGGCGGAGGCACUUCCUCGAGCUGGGCAGUCCAGCGGGAGAGCUACAUGCCCGGAAUGUGACCACCACAGCCUAUCGGAGCUCGCCGCUGGGCUUCAAGAGCGAUGCAGUGGCGGGGGAUGUGUGGUACCAGUGCAGCCUGGAGCUGGUCACCUGUGCCGAGUGCGUCAUCCGGGUGGCCUUCACCUAUGCGAAUUUCUCCCGGAGCUGCGGCAAUACGGGCGGCAAGUCCAUCAUGUGUCCCUGCGAGCACAUCCAGUUCUCGGAGCCGCCCUACGAUUCCACCAUCUCGGGUCAGGAGUUUUGCGGGGAUGGUAAAGUGUUCCGGAGCAAAACCAGAACCCUCCAAUUGAAGUUCUUCUACAGGGUGAAUAAUGCCCAUGUCUUUUCGCUGCAAUACUUCUCGGAACGCAACGUACGGAUAGUCAGUGGUUCCCCCAAGCAGUCCAUUGUGGGAAAUGGGAGUUCUAAGUACCAACCCCAGGUGAUCUCCACGCCGUACUUUCCCAUGCCAUAUCCCCGCGACUACGGCAUCGAGCACAUCCUCACCUGCGAGGCGGACAACUGCCAGGUGCGUUUGGACUUCACCGACUUCCAGCUGGGCCUCGCCUCCACUCUGGAGAUCUUCGACUCCAAUGGCCAGAUGUUGGACUCCUACACGGGCGAGCACUUCCGUCCGCCCAUCACGGUGAGCAGCGGGAAGUCCCUGCUCCUCCAGUUCCGCGGAAAUUCAGCCACAGGAGUUGGCUUCCGCGCCGAGGUCAACUUCGUAUCGUCCAAGCAGCUGAAGGACGAACGACUGGUGCCCUAUACAGAUUGCGGGGGAAUGGUUACCGGACCCGGUGGCGCCAUCACCAUGAUGAACAUGAUCGAAAACGCCACGGACGUGCGGCUCUUCGACUGCAUCUGGAUCAUCAAGCCCGGCAACAAUUACAUGAUGAUGAAGACCCACAUCUCCCUGCGGGUGGAUGACUUUUACGGAAUGGCCGCCCGUUCGGAACUGACCAUCCGGCAGGGCACCACCUCGGAUGCCGCGGAGAUCGAGAACGUGAUGUGGCCGAACAACGGACUGAGCAAGGAGAGCCAUGUGGCGCCCAUCCUCAAUGGCUAUUACAUUCGACUGCGCGGUGUCUUCGGAAUGUCCUCUAAACUUGCGAUUGUCUACAGCGUUUUCAACUAUUUGAAUUGCUACAUUGGCUCGGAGUUUCUGUGCGGAAACAACCACUGCAUCUCCAUUCGCCUCCACUGCGAUGGCUUCGACCACUGUGGCGAUGGCAGCGAUGAGCCCGAUUCCUGCGAGGAGGACUGGGCCCACCUGCACCACGAUCGUCGCUGGUACUCCCACAAGCCCAACUACUACUUCCCCAAGAUAGACCAGUAUCCGGAUCUCAAGACGGCCACGGGCAUCUUCAUCAUCAGCACACUGGGCAUUUUCGGUGUGCUUUCCGGCUGGAUGGUGAUCCUGUACAGGAUGGGCGUUAGAGCACGCCACCAGCGGGAGCUGCAGAGUCACCUGCAGACGAUCAGCGAACUGCUGGAUCGCCAGGACGAAGAUCGCACGCCCGACGAGCCGCCCAGCUACGAGGCGCCGCCGGAUUACGAGGAGGUGAUCAAGGUGGGCAUGCAGCAGGAGUUGCGGGAGCCACGCCGCCAGCGGAGGGCACGUCGUCCUCCGCCUCGAGAUCGGAGCUGCAGUCGGGCAGCCAGCAAUUGCACCAUGCAAUCGGUGCUCCCUCUGCACCGCAGCUGCAGCCUGGACAGGGAUCAGGAGCAGCCCAGCACCUCGGCGGCGGCCAUGACGCAUGCGGUGGCCGCCACGGAUACCACGGAGGAUGCGGAGCAUGUCCAGACGAUGGCCCAGCGGAUGCUUCUGGCCACGGCUAUUUGUGGCACUGCAGGCACGUCUCUCGCGGCAGCAAGUGAGCCUUCGAGCCGGAUCAAAUCCGUGGGGAUUUCAGCGGGCCCGCCAUCGCUAUCCGCUGGGGGUGAACUACCCCCAGCCGGUGGGUCAGCCACGACGCCCGGUAGCACGGCGGAUGAGUGCACCCAGGGAGGCGACUCCCUCAGCAUUUCACUCACUCUAGGCCUGCCCACCACGACGGCGGAGAGUGCGGUGACCUCCGAUCAGAAUCAGCACCAGAAUCAGGAGCAGAGUACGGAGCACACGUACCUGAAGAGAUCGUGGCUGGUGGUGCAACAGGUGCCGCCGGGCAGGAGCUACAGGGUCCAGCGACUCCGGCACACCUUCUCCUCGCCCGAAGCCUUCACGGGCGGCGGGCUGCAGCUGCCGUAUCCGGAUUUCCUCAGCUACGGCACUAAUCUUCCCCAUGAACGGAGCAGCAGUAACUUUGGCUCCGAGCUGUCCAGGGAUCCAUCCAGUUAUAGUAUGGGAAAGCGAGCUCGUCUCGCUGGUGAAUCAGAGACGCUUACCGGGGAGAUGGAGCACUCCAACCAGACCCUUCAAUCCCAGGUAGCAGAGGAAAGCGAGAGCGAGGGAGAGCAGCAGGUUUCCUGCUUCGGAGCCGUAGCCCAGCGGCCCAAGAGGCGUCAUCGUGGUCACGUGAGGAGCCGAUCCUUUAGCAAUGCCCGCGGUGGCAGUGCCGGCAGGAGGCGUCUCAUCCAGCGCAGUUCCUCAGCUGAUCUGCUGAUGAACUAUGCCACAAUGGCGGUAUCAACGCCACAGAAAAGAGCCGAGGGAAUGCAGAGAUUGUUCUUCAUUUGAGCGAAAAGCGGCGAGUUUAGAGAAGUGGAACGAUAGUAUUAAAGCCUGGUGUGAUUCUGGUCGGGAUCUGGUCACAGUUAAAUAAACCUGUUCCUUACUCGAAUGUUAUUAGUAGACAUCGGAUUUUAGGUAAAAUAUUUUUUUUAAAUAUAACCUCAAUUAAAUUUGGUCUAAAUCGUAUUAUAACUUAAUAAAUAAAAUUUGUAACCAAACAAAUGUGGCUUUAAAUCGUAUUUACAAAAAACGAUUUCACCUAAAAUCCGAUGUCUAGUUAUUAGCUUGUUGAAAUUGGAAUUUUAAGUAAUAUUGGCUGUUAUCAUAUCAUUCUUAGAGAUUUUUUCAAAUAUUUAAUUCCAAUUACAUCAAGUUUCAUCAACCUUUUAUUCUAUAUUAUAUAUAUUACACCACCCCUUAAUAAUAAAUAAAUAUUUACAUUAA